AUGAUCCCCUACAUCCGCCACCUGAUCCUCGAUUUCGACGAGACUCUGACACUCGUGGACACGAUCUCGCUGCUCAGCAGUGCCGCGUACCGCUUACGUCCCACCACUGUUCCCGCGCUCCCACCGUGGAGUUACUUCGCCGAGAGCUGGCUGGACGACUACAACCGCCAUGUGCAAUCGUACCCGCACCUCCGACGAACCCUCGAUGACGAGUACCAGUUCCUCGCCUCCCUCGCCCCGGUAGAGCGCGCGUCUAUACGCAGGAUCGAGAAGGCGGGGGUGUUUACGGGGCUGCGGAUCAACGAUCUCGCGCACGCAGCCGAGGAGACCGUGACUGUCCGUCCCGGGCUUUGGCAGGCCUGUAGGCCCGUAUUGGAUGCCGGUGGGCGGGUGAGCGUGCUGUCGGUCAACUGGAGUAAGGAGUGGAUCCGGUCUGCGGAGAGGGUAAAGUUUGAGCUCGAGGUGGAAGUGGUCUCCAAUAGCCUCUGCGAGGAUGGAACAACGACUACGGGGGAAAUCACUCGUGAACCCGCGCUGGGCGAGGAUCACGGCAUCUGGACGGCGCAGAACAAGACUGUCAUGAUGAAGCGUCUCGUCGAGGGGGGCGGGUCAGAGGGGUUGGUGGUCUACGUUGGAGACUCGAGUACGGACCUCAUGUGUCUGCUUCAGGCGGAUGUGGGUGUCGUUAUUGGGGAUAAGCUCGAUGCCGUCUGUGAGAGGUUUGGGAUUGAGCUUGUGGAUGGGCUUACGGAUGUGCGCUGCGCUAAAGAUGGGCAACAGAGAUUAUACAAAGUGCGAGAUCUACAGAUAUUAGGGAGGUGGAUUCGUGAAGAAUAG